AUGGCGGCCACAUCUAGACUCCUGGUGAACUACCGAGAACCUUAUCGCUCCCAGAUUUUAGAUUAUCUGUUCAAGCCAAAUUUUGGUGCUUCUUUACAUAUCCUCAAAGUAGAGAUUGGAGGUGAUGGACAAUCAACAGAUGGUACUGAACCCUCCCAUAUGCACUAUGAAAAUGAUGAGAACUACUUCCGGGGCUAUGAGUGGUGGCUGAUGAAAGAAGCUAAAAAGAGGAACCCCCAAAUUAAACUGAUUGGAUUACCUUGGACAUUUCCAGCAUGGAUAGGGAAGGGUGAAAACUGGCCCUAUGACUAUCCAGAUGUCACCGCUUACUAUGUUGUUUCUUGGAUAUUAGGAGCUAAACAGUAUCAUGAUUUGGACAUUGAUUAUAUUGGGAUAUGGAAUGAAAGGGCAUUUAAUAGCAAAUAUAUCAAGGUACUUCGACAAUCUUUGGACAGACUGGGUCUAAGGAACAUUGGCAUCAUCGCUGCGGAUGGAGAUUGGAACAUUUCAAGGGAGAUGAUAGUUGAUCCCUAUCUUAAUGAUGCUAUUGAGGUAGUCGGGGCUCACUAUCCUGGAACAAAAACAGUGCUAAAUGCUUUAUUAACUGAGAAGAAACUGUGGUCUUCAGAAGAUUACAGUACUUUCAAUGAUGAAGUGGGUGCAGGCUGCUGGGCUCGGAUUCUGAACCAAAACUAUGUGAAUGGAAACAUGACUGCAACCAUUGCAUGGAACUUGGUGGCUAGUUAUUAUGAAGAGUUGCCCUUUGGUCGAUGCGGAUUAAUGACGGCACAAGAGCCAUGGAGUGGCCACUACAAAGUAGAAGCUCCUAUCUGGAUUACAGCACACACAACGCAAUUUGCUCAGCCGGGCUGGUCAUACUUGCAGGUGGAUGGACGCUUAGAAGGAGGUGGCAGUUUUGUAGCUCUGACAGAUGGCCUAGGAAACCUUACCAUCAUCAUUGAAACUAUGACUCAUAAUCACUCUCAAUGUAUCAGGCCUCCACUGCCUCAUUUCAGCGUGACACCUCAGAAAGCAACUUUCUACCUCAAAGGAUCAUUUUAUAUGGUGGAAACCCUUCAAGUUUGGCAUUCUAGACUAGGUUUUGAAUCUGGAAACUCUAGUCUUUUCCAGCAACUCCAUCCAAUAAAGGUAUGGAAGGGAAGUUUUUCUUUAGAUCUAAAUGUGGAUGAAGUCUACACUUUAACCACGCUCAAGACAGGGCAGAAAUGUCGUUGCCCAGAGCCUCCACCACCUCAGCCCUUUCCUUCAAAUUACAAAGAUGAUUUCAAUAUUCGUAAUCCACCUUUCAGUGAAGCCCCAAAUUUUGCAGAUCAGACAGGUGUAUUUGAAUACUUCAUAAAUGCUUCUGACCCAGGAGAUCAUGUGUUCACACUCCGCCAGGUGGUGGUUCAGCGACCUGUCACUUGGGCUUCUGAUGCAGACCAGACCAUCAGUCUCAUAGGAAAUUUUCAGUGGGUAAACAUGACAGUCACUUGUGACAUCUACAUAGAAAAACAACGUGAUGGGGGCGUGUUUAUUGCAGGAAGGGUCGACAAUGGUGGGAUAUAUGUUCGGCAAACCAAAGGAGUUUUCUUCUGGGUUUUUGCAGAUGGCACCUACAGAGUCACUGGUGACCUAGCUGGAGAAGAAAUAUUGAUGAAAGGACUUUCUGGUGUCCGGGAUAAUGCAUGGCACACACUUACUCUCAACAUUCAGGGCGAUUCUGCCUCAGGACUGUUAAAUGGUUAUCCACUCUGGGAGAAUGUCACCAUUUCUAAACCAAGUAACGGCUGGGCUGCUAUUGGAACUCUCUCGUUUGAGUUUGCACAGUUUGACAACUUUCAUGUUGAAGCUAGCUGA